UUUCCAUCUCCCUCCCUCUCCGUUCAAUUCCCAUCGAUCUUUCGUCUCGAUAAGUCGACACUUGAGGCGGUACUCCUUUUAUGGUGUCCAGCAUGCUGCGCCUACCGUCCUUACCCCGAUGAACUGCAUCUAGAUACCUAGAAAAAUAGACAUAGACAUCGUCCGCAUUUCAGCAUUUGAUUUCUGGCAUUGGUUUGUCUACUGAGCUGUUUUCGCGCCCUUUGCCGUCCGCGGUCCACCCUGGUUCCCCGUGUUACGCAAUCCUCAUCCCAACCGACUGGGCAAAACAGCAGAGAACACCAGUCGCAUUGCACCUCCACCGCUCGUCAGAUUCAAUUCCUCCUCCAUCUCGCCAUGUCGCAACUCGACAAAGACCCUGAGGCAUCGCCGGCGAUCCAUAAUAUCCCGCUGAACGAUCUAGAAUCGGGCACCCAUCGCUCCCCGCAUUCGUCGUUAAACUGGCCGACUCUCGCCGAAAUCUCGCCGUCGCACAUCUGGCCCCCGCAAGCCAAGCAGUUAUCCGACAACUGGCAGGAAUACCUGGAAAUCGCUGCUGGAAAGCUGAUUCUCGCCCUCACGCCAAGCUUUCUUCAACACUGGGUGGGUGGCGAACCGCCUAAACCGGCCAAACUUCAUGGAAUUGCGGCGCUGGAUGGUCUGCGCGGUUGGGCCUGUCUGCUGGUCUUCAACUUCCAUUUCCUGUUUACAUAUACGUGGAAGGUCGCCCUCGGCUGGGGGUUUAACAACGAAAAUUGGCAUCUCUUUCAGCUGCCCAUCAUCCAUGUGUUGACCUCCGGGCACAUAAUGGUCGCCAUCUUCUUCGUUAUGUCGGGCUACGUGCUUUCUUAUAAGCCUCUGAAAACGAUCCGCGGCCGGUCUUGGGAGCAGACGUUCACGGUCCUGGCCUCGUCUACUUUCCGUCGGGGACUGCGCUUGUAUGUCCCUUCAAUUGUUGGCAUUCUACUGGUCAUGGUGGCUGUGCGCCUGGGUGUGUACAACUACUCGCACAAGGUGGUCGAGCAAGGUCUCACCAUCCUGGGGACCAACGAGCAACACCCUCCCGUCAUGAAAUCUUUCACCAAGCAGUUCUGGGACUGGUACUUGACGGUGGUGCAGCUGAUGGAUCCGUGGAACUGGGGGCUUUACUACAACUACUAUAAUCCGCAUCUGUGGACCAUUCCGGUCGAAUUCCGCUGCUCCAUCGUUCUCUUUCUCACUCUCCUGGCUACAUCCCGAGUGGCUACUCGUGUGCGCGUGUCCCUAGUUGGCAUUCUCGUGUGGUUCUGUAUGCGAUGGGGCCGAUGGGACGUGGUCCUGUUCCUCUCCGGCAUGCUCAUGGCCGAAGCUGACCUGAUCAACGGAACUUGGGAGCGUCCGGCGGCGAACGAGAAGCCAUGGAGCCACCGCUCCCCGUUCAGGCAGAGCGCAUUAUCUCGUCUAUCGGGCCGGAGGUUUUGGAUCGGACUGUUCUUUGUGGGCCUCUACCUGGGCUCCGCCCCGAACGUUGGCUACAAAUGGACUCCCUUCUACAUGUGGACCUGGAAAGUCACGCCCAAGACGUACCCCGAGCCGCACCGGUUCCCUCAAACCCUCGGUGCCGUCCUUAUCGUCUUCAGCAUCAACCACUCCAAGGACAUUCAGAAACUCCUCACCCACCCCCUGUCGCAGUAUCUCGGCAAGAUCUCCUUCUCCUUCUAUAUCGUUCAUGGCCCCAUCCUCCACUCCCUGGGCUACUCCCUCAUGCCCAACAUCUGGGCCCUUGUCGGCAAGGAAACCAACUUCCAAUACUGUCUCGGCUUCCUGAUCGGUUGGCUCAUCUGCCUUCCCUUGUCCCUGUGGGCCGGCGACGUCUUCUGGCGCGCCGUCGACGUCCCCAGCGUCAAAUUUGCCCGUUGGGUCGAGGACCGCCUGGUUAUCAAGACAACCGCGGCGACGAACCAACCUCCAAACCCACAUCUACAAUGAUUACCCUUUUCUCUAUAUCCCACAUUUUCGGCGGAGCUUUCUCGGUCGUUCCUUCUCCUUGAGUUAUUCCUAGCCAGCGCGCACACUUACAUCAUACCAUAUCCAUCACAGCAACAGUGCAGUACAUAUUCAAUUAAAGCAAAUCGCUGGACGAUUGACUUUGUUUGUGUUUUUUCCUUCCCUUUUCGGUUUCCUUUCCUCCAGACGCUGAAAUCACUCCCGGUUGUAUUGUCAAAUUUCUCUCUCUGUCGAUUUACUUACAUCAUUGUAUGUUCCAUUAAUCGAGGUUGAUACAUGGGUGUCUCAUUGGCUCGGAGUCUCCAUAUAAGACCCGCUUAGAUAGCAUAUAUAUAUACCCUUCUGCU